AUGAUUCUUCUGUCUCAAAGAUGUUUUUAUAAAUAUCUAACUCCUUAUCAAGGUCUGCUACGAAAUUUCACUGUAUCUUCGCUACGAUUGCAAAAGAUUCAAUCGAUUGAUGAUUUUGUUUUACCUGAAUUGAAAUCAGAAGAGAAAUCAUUAUAUGAUACUUCUAAAAGGAUAUUUUUAAAGGCAAAUCAAAUUUAUAAUGAUCAAAAGAAGAAUAAAUAUAAAACAAAAACCAAAAACAAAUUACCAACUCAAACGCAAAGGGGCGACAAGGGGAGUGGUGGUGGUGGAAUACUGUCACGAGAUCUGGGGGAUAAAUUAUUACCAAUUAUUGAUCGAUCAUUUUUCAUGGAUUUUAAACCAACAGACAAUGAAGAAGGAAAUGAUAUUUAUAAUUCGAUAGAAACAUAUAAACCACUUGAUUCUGUAAUAGGUAUUAAGAAGUUUGAAAAAUUGGUCAAAACUAUGAAUAAUGCUUUUACUAAAGGACAAUUAAAACAAUAUUACGAUCAUCAACAAUCUCUUAAUCCAGGAAUACGAUGGAAAAGUUCGAGUUCUUUAGUGAAAACAAAAUUAAUUGAAGGUAUUAUAUUAGAUGUUUGGAAUAUCAGUAAAAGUAAAAAAUUGAUUGUUAAUGAUAUGUUAGAAGAUCGACAAAUAUUAUUAAAACCUUGGCAACGGUAUUUAUUGGGAUUAAAUCAAUCAUUAUUAUUUAAAAACAUGUUAAGAUUAAAAGUUAAAGGUAAAUUUAGUAAAAAUAAAUUACAAUUAAUUGGGUCAGAAGCUGAUUUGAAUUUCAUUGAACCGGAAUUAAAUAAAUUAUUACAAGAUUAUACUAUGGAAAGUAUUGAUUUAUCAUUAAUUGUUGAUAAAAAUAUUGAAAUUAAUUUUGAAUUGAUUCAAGAAAUAGCUAAAGUAUAUUUCCAUAAAACAAAAAAGACAAGUAAUAUUUAUGAAAUUUAUGGUAAAAAUAUUGAAGGAAUUUCAUUAGCUAAAAGAUUAUUAAUUUGGUCAAUCAAUUCUAAUCCUCAUAUUAAAGAUGAAAUUUUUACAACAAAAUCAUUGACAUCAGAAUCUUCAUCUUUACCUUUUGUACCAUUUCUUAAUGAAGAAUUGUUUCCAUGGUAUAAUCGUCCAUUUAAUUAUUUUGUUCCACUUAAAAAGGAUCAUAGAUCAUCAAAUGAUUUAAUUUUCGAUAAAUUUGAUAAAAUGAGUAAUUAUUUUAUUGAACUGGAUGAAUUGGAAGAAUUAAAUGAUGCUAGAUUUUCUUUAAAUGAAGAUAUACCCCAAGACAAUAGUAAUAAUGCUGAAGAAGAAGAAUUUGAUGAUGAUAUUGAUAAAUUAUUAAAUACAACCACCAUUACAACCACCACCACCACUAAAAUGGAUUUCCCAGAUAUGACUAAAAUUCUUGAUAAUCAAGAAAAGGCAAAACAACAACAACAACAACAAUCUCAUCAAGAUUUAGAAGAUUUACGUAAAGAAUUAGGUAAAUUUUCAAAUGAAGAUGUUGAUGUUAGUGAAUUCCCUAAUAUAGCAAAAUUGGUAGAAGAUUUUGAAAAUGCUGAUUCAACAAGAACAAAUCAAUCUGAAAAUCUUAAUUUAGAAAAUUUAAGAAAAGAAUUAAAUCAAUUUAGUGUUGAAUCAUCUAAUGAAGAAGAAUCUAAAAAAAAUGAUAUUAAAUUUGAUGUGAUUGAUAAAUUGAAAUUGAUUGAACUGGAAACUGAUGAAAAGGUACCCUUAUUUACUACAGAUACAAACAAUAUUGAUGAACAUUUAACACCAAAACAAAUUGAUGAAUUAUAUGAACAAGUUUCAGAUUUAAAAUUCACAUCUGAUUUAAAUGGAGUAAAUGAAGAUAAGAUUAUUAGUUCUGCUUAUACAUUACAAUUUGGAACCAUUGUUAUGAAAAAUAAAAAAACUCCCUCAUCUAAUGGAUUAAUUCCUAAACCAAUCAUUAACAGUGGAGAUUUCCAAUUCCAAUUUGUUAAUUCUGCACCAUUUAUGAAUGAUUUAAUUAGUUCAUAUCCAGUGAUUCCUCAACCUGGUUGUCGUCAACAAUUUAAUGAACAACCAUAUGCCAAUAGUAUGGCAAUUCGAUUAAUUCCAUCAAUGUAUCAAAUGAAAAAGAAAAAUAAUAAUAAUAAUAAUAAUAAUAAAUAUGAAAUCACUGAUAAAUAUUUGAAAUAUCCACCAGUAGAAAUUCAAGCUCAACUUGAUCGUGGACAAAUUUUACAUUAUACAUUACAAGUAUUAUCACUUGAAGCCGUAAAAAAUGUCGCCAUUCCAUUACCUAAAUUACCUUGUGAUAUUCAAGUAUCAAGAUUAUUACUCGGUAGUCUAUUACCCAUGAAUAACGAGGAGGAAAAUCUGUCAGUAUCAGUAUCAGUAUCUCCAAAAGUCCGAUUAUCUAAUCAUCAACCAGAUUUAAUCAAUUUUUUGGAAGAAUCAAAAUUGAAUUUCACUGGAACAGAGAAAAUCAAUGUUAAACCAUCAAUUGAAUUAAUUAUUAAUGAUGAUGGAGGAGGAGGAGAAGGAGAAGGAGAAUCAAUAAAAAUAAAAUAUGAUUAUUUACAUGUAUCAUAUAAAACCGAUUUAAAAUUUAUCGUUAAUGAAAGAGAAAUAUUAAUGAGUUUUAUAGAAGGUGGAGAAUUUGGUGGUAAAAAUUGUGAAAUUGCUAUUGGAAAUGGAGAAUUAUCAAAGAAUGAAUUUGAAAAAUUAUUAAAAGAUUCAAUACUGUUGAUUAAACAGAUUUGA